AUGAGGUUAACUCUGUCCAACCCACCCAGCGAACAACAACAAGGUGAGCCAACAAAGAAGCGAAAGAGUCGCAAGCACAACACUGGCAAGCCGAAGCAAAAAUAUUUUGAUUCCGAUUCUGGUUCGGAUGAAAGCGAUGAUGAAAUCACAUGUAUGGGUUCAGGCUCUCAACCAAUCUCUAUUGCGUCGUCGCCGUCUUCACAGGAACAGGUUGUCUCAACAUUGUCUUCAUUGCCUUCAUCAACACACCAAGACUUGGCCAACACUGAAGAAUAUACAGAGUGUAUUCGACAGGAAACGGUUGAACGGGACUAUUGUGAUCUAGAAGACAUUACAAAUGUACCUCCGUUGAAUUCACAAUUCUCAUCUCGCGAAAAUCUUGGAUCAAUGUUAUGUAUGGAUAUCGGUAGUAGUUUUUCCAAAUGUUGUUCUUUGGACAUUACCCAACAAUGUGUCAAGAUGAAUUCUCUAACAUUUGCUUCACCAUCUUCAUCGAACAAGGCUAAAAAGUAUGAUCUAUUACCAACUUCUAUAUAUUAUUCACUCACAGAUAAGACAUUCAUUAUUGGAUUACAUGAGGAAGAACAACAAAUAUCAUCAUCUCACCAAACUUCUAUUCCCUCUAACAACAGUAUGAUCAAAUUACAUAGUAUUAAGAAAUUAUUUUCUAUUCAAGAACUCAUUGACUUUACAUGGAAGAAUGAAAGUGUAGAAAUCACACUUCGAGUGAGUCAAGUCAUGUUCGAAUUAGUGAAAGGUUUAAUUUCACUCCUCGUACAAGCACGCGAUGCGAGCAGUCGUAAAAUUUCAAAACAAUAUACAAGUGCCAUGUUCACAGUACCUACAGGAACCAACAAGAAUAUUCAAAAAGUAUUUAGAAAUUGUGUGAAACGUGCAUUAGAUCAUACGUUAUGCCAUCCAAUUCCAAUUGAGAAAGUAUAUAUUGUUGAAGAGUUUGUUCUGUUAAAGUAUUGUGCUGAUUCUCUCUAUCAAACUCUUACGGAUGAUACUGUUCUCUUGCCAAUUGUACACUCAUCGAUGAAUGGAACAACACAAACGCCCCACAACCAAACAACAACAACAACACUACUUGUUGAUGUAGGUCAUUUAACAACAGAUGUUACUGUUCUUUCUCAUAAUGAUGUUAUCAAAUAUGCAUCUGGAGAUGUUGGUGGCGUUUAUAUGUUAUAUGAUGUCAUGAGAAGAAAUAACAUACCUCCAGAAACAACAAUGCAUGCAAUAUUCAAUUCUGAUGUUUCACCUCAUACUGUGUUAGCACCUAUUGAACAUGCCAUUAUUGAUACUUUUAAAAAGAUUAUAUAUCCAAUCUUUGAUGUAAUUAUUGAAUUUAGUGUGAGUGACGUUGUAUUUUGUGGAGCCAUUAUUAGUAAUGCCUAUUUCAACAAUAUUAUAAAGCAACUCGUAACACCAGAAGAGUUGUUGAAUUUUCAAAGAGCACGCGAACGUUAUUUUAAACCAGAAUAUAUUCGAAUGAAUGGAUAUCCAUUUACUCUUCAUUGUAUUGAAUCAGGAGGUAGUACAUUAUUAUUGGGAGCUAAACAUUUAGUAGCAUCUUCGUGGGAUGUUCAUACAGCCAAGCCUCUAGUAUUUAAGGCAGAAAUAGAACCUUCACAAUGCUAUUGUGGACUUUUAUUCAGGGAAGAUGAUGAUAAUGAUGGCCCAAUAUAUGGUAUCUCUGUCACAGAUUGUAUCUAUGAUUUAUUUAUACGGCAAGACCUUGAAUUAUUUAUUAUUUGUAUUAGAAAUACUAGAAAUAUUGAAAAUAUUAAGAAGGAUCAUAUCACCAGUUCGAAUUUUGAACUUGUUGGGGUUUCAGAAUUUAUUCGAUUCACUACUUUAGAGAUUAUGGUAGAGACUAGCAAGAUCAAAACGACCAAUUUACAUUUCUUUCUCAAGUGUCAUCUCGACGAAUCGUUUUAUAAUUUGGCAUUCUAUUAUACUCGAUCAGGACACUACUAUAGAACACAUUUGAAAAUUUCAAGAGAAGGAAGAUUGGAAAGAAUAUCCGUCAACGAUGCCGUUCAUUAUAUUUUCAAACCUGAGAAUGAAAAAACUACUUGGUAUGGUUUGAAUUAUUAUUGUACAUUCUUUAUUAGAGCUGGUACAAGUUAUAGAUGUAAAAAAGGUGAAGCAAAAGCUGCCCUCUCAAAGGAAGUGAUGAAAGAGCUUCGUCCUAUACAGAAAGCAGGCACAUCUACGUACGACUUUGUUGAAAUUCCAGCACAUAAUGAAUCAGAUCGAGCAAUAGUGGAAGAACGAUCUUCUCGUGCGUGUGUUGGUUGUGCAUGCACUGUGGAUCCAUCGAAUCGUCAUGAAGUCACAACAAAAACUUUCAAAGACUAUGCCAGGUACUUGGAAGCUGCAACUGGAAAAAGAGUUGAUAGAUGCGGACUUGUCUGUAAUAAGUGUUAUAAUAUUUAUUACAAGGCAAAGAAGAAGGAUGAGAGUAAUUUGCUAAAUGGUAGUGACAACCCUACGUUGCCAAAAAAGAAGAAAAAGCAAUAA